CGCCGACGAUAGCCUCAAGACUUCAAGAGCUCGCAACAUGGGCGCAUACAAAUACAUCGGCGAGCUGUACAAAAAGAAGCAGUCGGAUGUCCUCCGGUUCCUUCUCCGUGUUCGGUGCUGGGAAUACCGUCAGCUGAAUGUCAUUCACCGUGCAUCCCGUCCCUCCCGCCCGGACAGGGCUCGCCGGUUGGGCUACAAGGCCAAGCAGGGCUACGUUAUCUACCGUGUGCGAGUUCGCCGGGGUAACCGCAAGAAGCAUGUUCCCAAGGGUGCUACCUUUGGCAAGCCCGUUCGCCAGGGUGUGAACCAGAUCAAGCCUCAGCGCAGUCUGCAGAGCGUCGCGGAGGAGCGUGUUGGCAGGCGGUGCGGCAACCUCCGAGUUCUCAACUCUUACUGGGUGAACCAGGACGGAGUUUACAAGUAUUUCGAGGUCAUCCUUGUUGAUCCGUUCCACAAAGCUAUCCGCCGAGACCCACGCAUCAGCUGGAUCGCUAAGCCCGUCCACAAGCACCGCGAGUCUCGUGGUCUCACCAGCACUGGCAAGAAGAACCGCGGUCUUGGCAAGGGCCACCGCUACAACCACACUCCCGGCUGGUCGACCUGGAAAAAGCACAACACACUUUCUCUCCGUCGCUACCGGUGAUCUCUUUUUGUGUCGUCCUCUGCAUACUCUCCUCUGCUCUACGCUCCUGUCCUUGUACACACAAUUUACAUCAUGUUUCUCAUGGUAUGGGACCAUGCUUUCGUGCCUGUCCGCCCACCAGAACGCGUGAUUCUCUGAGCAAUAGUUCGCCUUGUC